GUGAAUCGAACAUUGUAACUGGUGAGCAGGCCAUGAGAAAAUCCCCCAGAUUUCCCUUCUUCUCUCCUCCAAAACCCUUCCCCUCUCUUCAAAACCCUUCCCCUCUCUUUCAUCCCUCCAACCCACCUCCAUCAUCUCAACCGUCCAUCUCCUUCAAUCCAACGGUCUCCACUUCCCGGCUCGAUCUUCCUAAGCUCUUCUCCACUUCCCUCCCUCCUCCUGAAUGGAUGGAACCCUUCGUCGACGUCUCCGAUCUCGCCGUCCAAAACCCUAAAAAUCUCCAACCCUCCCCAUGGCUCGAUCGCGUGGCCCACCUCCUCCAAGAAUCCCCCGCCGUCGAAUCCGAUCUCGAUGCCUUCUGCCGCAAAUUCCUCAUCCGAUUAUCUCCCAAUUUCGUGGCGCACCUCCUCGAUUCCCCCAACCUAUCCAAAACCCCUAAAACCGCCUUUCAAUUCUUCCGUUGGGCCGAGAAGCAGAGGAAUUACGAUCACAAGCUCGACUCCUACGUUUCGCUCAUUGAUAUCUUAUCAUCCGCUGGCGGAGAAUUAGAUACGAUCCGACAGUUGAUCGCUGAAAUUAAGGUUAAGGAAUUUGCAAUGACUGCACACGCGUCAAAUUCUCUGAUACGGAGCUUGGGCGUUUCAGGCAUGAUCGAGGAACUGUUGUGGGUGUGGCGUUGGAUGAAGGAGAGUGGAAUUGAGCCUGGCAUUUUCACUUACAAUUUCUUGAUGGAUGGUUUGGUGAAUUCAAAUUUUCUAGAAUCGGCGGAGCGGGUUUUUGAGACCAUGGAAGGCGGGAAGAUCCGCCCGGAUGUUGUGACUUAUAAUAUACUGAUUAAAGGGUAUUGGAAAGCGGGGAAAACCCAAAAGGCGAUGGAGAGGUUUCAGGAGAUGGAGGUGAAGGACAUCCUUCCGGAUAAGAUAACGUAUUUGACUUUGAUGCAGUCAUGCUAUUCGGAUGGCGGGUUGGAUGUUUGUUUGGGCCUCUAUCAUGAAAUGGAAGAGAAGGGGAUAGAGAUCCCACCUCAUGCAUACAGUUUGGUGAUCUCAGGGCUCUGUAGAGAAGGAAACCCGACUGAAGGGUUGGCAGUUUUUCAGAGUAUGAUUAGGCAGGGUUGUAAACCCAAUGUGGCAAUUUACACGGCUCUGAUUGAUUCAUUUGCAAAGAUUGGGAAAGAGGAGGAGGCGAUGAAGCUCUUCGAGCGGAUGGAGGAGGAAGGACUCGAGCCAGAUGAGGUGACCUAUAGUGUUGUUGUUAAUGGUUUGUGUAAGGCUGGGAACUUGGAGAAGGCUAUGGAGUGUUACAAACUCUGUAGAGAGAAGGGUGUCCCUAUAAAUGCUGUGUUUUAUUCUAGCCUUAUUGAUGGGCUUGGAAAGAGCGGGAUGGUGCAUGAAGCAGAGAAGGUUUUUGAAGGGAUAUUAGAGAAGGGAUGUGUGCGGGAUUCAUAUUGCUACAAUGCGCUUAUUGAUGCUUUUGCUAAAGCUGGAAACAUGGAGAAGGCAUUGGCACUCUUUAAGAGGAUGGAAGAUGAAGGUUGUGAUCAAACAGUUUAUACGUAUACCAUUCUCAUCAAUGGGCUGUUCAAAAAACAUAAGAAUGAAGAGGCCCUGAAGUUAUGGGAGGCAAUGAUUGAUAAGGGCAUCACUCCCACGCCGGCUUCUUUCAGAGCUCUCUCGACAGGGCUUUGCCUUUCUGGCAAGGUCGCGAGGGCUUGCAAGAUAUUGGAUGAUCUGGCACCAAUGGGUGUUAUACCCGAAACAGCUUUUGAAGAUAUGAUCAAUGUCUUGUGUAAGGCAGGCAGGAUCGAGCAGGCUUGCAAAUUGGCGGAUGGUGUUGUUGAUAGAGGUAGAGAGAUACCUGGAAGGGUUCGGACGGUUAUGAUCAACGCAUUGAGGAAGGCAGGUAAUGCCGACUUGGCCAUCAAACUGAUGCAUAGUAAGAUUGGGAUAGGCUACGAUAGGUGGGGCAGCAUAAAAAAGCGGGUGAAGUUCCGAGUUCUCUUAGAUGGUUGAGACUUACAGUAUAUAAGUAGUGGCGAUUUCCAAGGAUGAUAGGACACGCUGAAUGGUGGUUGAGAUAAGAACAGGACCCUUCUCUCAAACUCAUAUCAGCCAUGUUUUGGUGCAGAAAAAGUGGAAAAUGCUAAUGCAGUUUCCACUCUCGGUGUCCCGCCUCAACCACGAAGGGCAUUAAAUGGGAUUAGGAAGCACAAGUGAAAUGAUUUGUGGUACACCUAAACAGUAAACUAGGAACGUAUAUUAUCCAAGUCUUCAACACUCAAUGAGGAUGGUUUUUGCUUUAAGCUGGAUAGAAUCCGAAGGCUGCCAUCACUAGGGGAACAAGUCAUGCUUGUUCCACUCAAUGAAGAUGAUCAUCGCUUUAAGCUGUGGAUGGAAUCUGGAGGCUACCAUGGCUAUGAGAGCAAGUCGUACUUGCUUUUACAUGGACCAGACUAUAACAAACACUACUAGCUGUGGCAGAGGUCCCAAUUCUAUUAACCUCAGUCAAGCUUGUGCAGAGAAUCUAAUAUUCAACACUGAAAAUCGAAGCAGGGCUCUACGUAACUCCUAGGAAAUGUCUCAGAGGAGAUGCUUCGCUCCGUCGGUGCUUCUUCUUAAGACUACAGGAAAUAAGAGAUUUGUAUCUUCCAUUUGUAGCCACAAGUUUCAUAGUUGAAGUAAAUCAAAAGGUCAAUGAAUGUGUAAUUUUUGCAGUCAGACAUAGCUUAAUUACGAUUCAUAUGUCCCAGCUGUAAAAUUUUCUUGUAUUUUUUUUUCGCAUUUUUUAUAAAAUGUUGAUUCCUUGCAGGAAAUUGAUUUAUUCAGGUACCCAA